UUAAUGCCCACAGUGCUGCUCAUGGUGGUGUCCGAGUUUGAACGGUAUUUUUUCUCUCUGUGCAAGUUUAUAUGUGUAUAAAAAAAAUUUACAUUCUAUUUUGACGCGAACUAUUAACAAAAGAAAACAUGUACUGGAUGCAAGUGAAUAAUGAGUGAAUAAUAAGUGAAUAAUAAGUGAGUGUAAACAACUUUUAAGAUCAUGCAAACAGUUGGUCUAAUAAUAAUAAUAAUUUCAUAAAGCAAAUAGCCCGAGUGUUAAUUUGCGUACGCCCCGUUGAUGCAAUCUCCGUGGAUAUAAAAUUGGACAACAAAAUGGACCCUUCUGAAUAUGCAAUAACAAUAAAAAAAGAGCCAAUCGAUCCAGAGAUCUGCGAUGAUUUGUCGCCAGUUGAUACAAAUACAGGGAAUAAAAAUGAAACAGCGACGUUUAAAGGUGAAUCUUCGGACGACGUUUAUUGUAACAAUGAAGAAUCCGCGUUUCCUCAAGAAAGUACGUAUUUAGAAAAUAACAAAUCGGAUCCUGAUAAACGAAAAAGUAAACAUAAAGUACCUUCAAACAACAGAAUAAGUUGCAAUGUUUGUUUGUUAACUUUUCAAGCUAAACAUUUAUUGGAACUGCAUAAUAAAUUAUAUAGCUGUAAUGUAUUUAAGUGUGAUAAUUGCACUGCAAUCUUCACUAUGCAUAUUUCGUUAAUACGUCAUUUAAAGAAGCGAUGUUGUACGAAAAAAUUGUCUGGAUAUAAGUGUAAUUUUUGUAACCGAAAGUUUUCCUAUAAAAGACAUGUCCAGUCUCAUUUAUUCCAUGCGCAUGGGAACGCAAUAUUUUCUGGUGGAAGCAAAAUUAUGAAAACAUCUCCUGAAUCGUUAGGAAAGUCGAAUCAUUCGGAUGAUAUAGUCAUGGCAGAAUCAAAAACUUCACACAGUCCCUGCUCAAAGAACGUAAAUAGCUCAAUAAAUAUAUCUUUGAAACUAUCUAAUGACUCAAAGAAUACAUCCACCAAGGAUUCGAGCAGCAAGAUCAAGUUUACGCAUCCGAAAUGGUUAAACGAUUCGCAUGGUACACCUUCGAAAAGAAUGAAGCAAUCCGUCCUUACAGACUUCAUAUCGACGUACAAAGACAAACCGAAUGACAGAUGGGUUAGCCCGGAAAAAGUUAUCGAUACGGAGAAUAUUCCUGUUACUGCGACUAUUAUUCCAACUUUAACGCUCGAGACAUUUAGUAACAAGACAUCAACGGCUGCAGAAGUUAUUCAGAUGUCUACUUCUGUUAAGCGAAUCGAAUCUCCUGUUAGGAAAAGAUCAUUUGUUCAAAUUCGUGUGAAUUUAAAGACAAUGAUAUCUUUAUUAAGGAACGAAAUAAAAGCUGAAUCUGAAAGCUCUAAUACCUCGCACAAUAUGUCUUACAACCUUAGGCCAGUGAAAAGAUGUUCUUCUUUAUAUGAUUCUUACGAUUUAUUGGAGUGUAAAGAAUGUGUGGUCCGCUUGGAGAAAUGCGACAAAUUCUUGGAGCCUUCUAGUUUUGUGUCAAACGAAGAUGAAGACGAAGACGAAGUCGAAGACAACAACAAACAAGCAGUAUCGAAAAAUGUGAAAGAGGAAUUUGAAGGUUUUCGCGAAACAAGCUCGACAUGUAACAUGCCUUUGAAAGCUGACACGAUUGCGUCAAAGCGAUUCAAUGAAUUUGUAAAAUCUUUCGCUGAUAGAUUAAUCGUACUUCAACAAGAAUCGGUUGAAUUUCAGAAGAACUUUAAAGUCUGUCAGCAGAAAAUAAUUCAAUGUCAUAUUUGUAAAAAAUCGUUUUCUUCGAAGAAAAACCUGCGCGAGCACAUGAAAUUGUUCCAUACGAUUUACAUUUCGAGCAUAUGCAACGCGCGUUACACGUCCAUGAAUAAGUUACUAACUCACUAUCUACGUCAGCAUGGUGUGUUUAAACGAAGGGAAUGUUGCGUGUGUUAUGAGAAGUUUGACACGUCGGCACUGUUGAAGCGGCACAUGAUUCUGCAUUGUUUGAAGACCAUAAGAUCAAAAAAGGACGCUUCACCGGUUGAUGUUGAAAUAAAUUGCAAUGCAUUCAAGAAACAACACAAAUGCAAAGGUUGUCGCAAACGAUUUUGGCUAUACUCAUGUUUGAAACAACACGAGAAUGUAUGUCGUCGAAUGAAAGUGUUAAGAAAUAAACAACGUGUACCUCGUGUAAACCAUUUGUCUCGGUCCUUGAAAGAACCAAGUGACAUGGAACUCGGCAUAGUACAGUCGCCUGAUUUGGAACAAACGUUGGAUGUUUCGGGUGGGACGACAAGAUCUUUGAAAAAUUAUUUGACUCCAAGUGCGCUUAAUACGGAUGAUACUUUCUCUUCGUCAUUCGAUACAGCUGCAAAACACAGAAGGUUACUUAAUGGGAUUGCAUGCUUAAAGGGUCAUAAAGCGGACAAGAUGAACAGAACAAAGUUUCCUUGCACUACUUGUGGAACACAAUUCCAAACAUUUAAAAAUUUGUGCAUACACGAGCGCACCUAUCGCCAAACAGCCACAGAAAAGUGUAACGUUUGUAACACGAUGUUUUCCACUAAAAGAUUCUUACAGUUUCACAUGCUUGCUACUCAUGUGCCUUCGUGUUCGGUGAACUACAAAUUCUUUUGUAAGUUCUGCAAUCAAGGAUUUGUUAAGAAACAGAGUCUUCAAAUUCACGAACGACACUUGCAUAUUGGGCAAGAUUCUAGGCUGGUGCUGAAUUCCGAUUGUGUUGUGGAAGAUAAACCAAUCUGCAAUAUAUGUCAUUUGUUAUUCGAAUCCUACGAACGUUUAGUCGAGCACAACACGUAUUAUUACAAGGGCAAUGAUUUUUUAUGCGCAAUAUGUGGUAAGUCGUUUCAAGGAAUGUACAAGUUUUAUCAUCACAACAAGUUGGAGCAUUAUCCGGACGAACCAUCGAAAUUGUACCCUUACAAAUGCGAUACUUGUAACGAAGGCUUCAGCUACGAAUCACAUCUCCACGCACAUAGGCUACACGUUCAUUCGCACGAUUCGCCAGCUGACAAAACGCGCGACCGCGAUACAUCGGAUCAGACUUUUCGCGUGUGUUCAUAAUUCUUUGGAUAAAUUAAGAUAAUCAUAAAAUAAAAGCAUAGAGAAUAUUUAAUUCUUCGAUUUAUAGGUCGUUUGAAAAUCAAUUUUCACGGUACUAUACUGAAGAAUCGGCCUAGAUUGAGACGUACAAUAAACACGCCAAGUACACAUACACAUACGAAGCAAAUGAUUUCAAAGUGUCCUUUAAGUCAUGUAUUCGCAUUUUCCAUGACACGCAUGAAAUGUAUCGAUAUUUGUUGAAAUAUAAUUUACAAGACAAAUCAACGCUUCUGACCUAAUACGAACUGCGCUCGGCUUAAACAUCGAGCAUUGAGUGAAGUUUGGGUGUCAGCCGUAGGCGCUUCCUGUUCAUUGUUUGCGAUGGUCUCAGUUUGUUGAAGCAGAAUAUGUCAAGCAUUCGCUAGACGAACAGCCAGAAAACGAGUGAACUAGAUAUUCCAUACUGUCUCUAACUUUAUUUAAUAUACAUCGUUUUGUUCCCAUAAGAGAUAAAGAGAUCUAAUCGCGUUAUUGUAUCGUUUACUAAGUGUCGCUUGAAACAGCUUAAUGAAAAUUAUGAUAGAUCGAGUAAUAAAUUUGUCUGCUUUUCUUUGAACGCGUUAUAUUUAUGUGCUUUCAUAUACGUAUAUGUUUCCGUGUGUGUGUGUGUGUGUGUGUGUGUGUGUGUGUGUGUGUGUGUGUGUGUGUGUGUGUGUGUGUGUGUGUGCAUGCGUGCGUGCAUGCGUGCGUGCGUGUGUAUUUUAUCAAGUACGUUAAUCACUACCCUAUUUCAUUAUUGUAAAAUUUUUUGUUAAAGGGAGUUUUUCGUUCGACGUGCGCGUUUGCGGAUCUUUAUAUUUUGUAAAUUGUUUUUGGUCAGCCUAAAUGUUUGAAGAAGUUAGAAAAUAAAUGAAGCGAGGGUAAGUAAAUGUUGCAAUUUCUUUUCUUAAUUGGCCUGAUAUUCGUCAUUUUUCUUUUAUUGCAAUGUUUAUUCGCUAUAAUUAUUCGUUUAAACGUCCGCUCAGUAUAAUAAUUAUAACAUCCGUUAAAAAAUGAACAAACCUAAUUGUUUGUUCGACCAAUCGCGGGGAGACGUAGUCGCUAGGAGAGACGUCAACGGGAGUCGUAAAUUCCCGUUACGAUUAUAACAAUCGACACCACGACUUGAUCGAUCCCCUGAUUUCCGUUGAGAUAAUAGGGGUGAUUGAGUUUGUAUAACACUGUGAUUCACAGAAUUAUAAAUUAUAUAUUUCCAACACUUAGAUUACACUGAUGAGCAUAGAUAGAUAGAUAAUCACUUAUCGCACGAAGAUAAGAUAGAUAUGUACGUUAGAGCAGGGCUCUUAUAAUUGGAUUUAAUGUAUUAGUGGACGUAGCACUAUAAGAUAUUUAGGAGAGGAAAUGUAUGCUCGACAAUACCGAGACCGACUCUCGCGUUAUGCUUAGACUGCCCCGAUAGGCAUUAGCGUUAGACUUAGUAGUUGACUUUUCCAACGAUGUAGAAGAAGUGAAGUUGAGUGACGAUGCUGUGUCGGAGGAAAGCUAGUGAUCGGUGUGUCUAGCGCACGGGAUCAUCGGAUUUGUUCAUACCAUUUUAGGUCAGGAAGUGAGGGCAGUAUACAUUGCCUCGGAUUGGACAAACGAAGGUUGGUGGACUAGGAAGGGUCUUAACCGCCCUCGAUAGAAAGUUGCUAGUAGGAAGCAUCGUACGUGAGAAAAACUAACUUUCCCGUGUCAAGCCGUAGUAAACAAUAGUCUUUGGAAACUGAUUUAGAAAAGACAUUUGUUGGGUCUGAAGGACCUUAGCAGGCAAGUGACUCGGGUUUAUGACGGGUGCUUAAGGCUAUUGAGGGUACGCCGUACGGAAGAGCGGACAUCUGGUGUCCGUCUGGCCCGCGGUGUGUGACCUGGGCCAGGCAGAGAAUCGCCCAGCGCAACACUAAUAAUGAAUCUGAUAUUGAGAUUAAAAAAAAAUUCAUUUCGUUUAUCACACGUGGAAUGAUUAUAUGAUAAGUUUCAUAUUUGACAGAUGACUAAUUGAAAUAUGGAUCGUAAUUACAAUUUUCAUUAUGAGAUGAUAUAUUUACUUACCCAGCUAUCGAUUAAUAACGUCGAAUGAUAAUUGUACGGGAACGAUAUUGCUUUGUAAUGUGCAAUUAAACUAUUACGUUAAAUAUUCAGUAAAUAAAUAUUUCAAUUUCCAUCACAGUGUCGGUCGUACAAUACGAUAAUCGAGAGGAACAUGAGACCAAGAACGAUAUGUAUCGCUAUGAAAGCGCGAAUUAAAAUUGUCGUAUUAGAAUUUCUAUAAAGAAAUAAGAAUUGACGUUUAUAUCACAGAAUAGUUGCAGCGCGUAAUCGAAUAAAUUGGUUGUUCCACGGCGGGAAAAUGAACUAUUUUUAAGAGCUUUCACCGGUUCUGCCGUACAACGAAACGAACAGUUGAGCAGUUAUAAGAGCUAACGUUUGUAUUUUCUAAAAAUUAGAAAGCUGGUAAACUUAAUAGAUUGCUCGAGAAAUUUGUAGA